AUGUCGAUUUAUCUUCUGGCACUCACUCUGUCAAACACCGUCAUCCUGCUCAGCGGCCCGCUGCGAAACUGGAUUCACAGCGUCUGGGAAACGGACAUCCGGUACCUAAGCGACAUUGGAUGUAAGGUGCAGCUGUACCUGACGUAUGCGAGCAUCCACAUUUCCGCGUGGCUGCUCGUGGCGGUAACAUGGGAAAGGACGCUUGUCAUGCUGUCCCCGAUGAAGGCGCUUGCAACAUUCACUGCCAGGAACACUGCUGUGGUCAUACUUGGCAUAUGUAUCGUCAUUUCUGCCAUAGACCUGAUCGUCCCGGCCAUGGUGACGUUACACGGUGUUAAUAACUUGCUUUGUGCUCCGAAGACUAAAGAAUGGCUUCACUUUCGGGACAGUAUUUACGAAUGGAUCGAUUUCUUUCUGAUGUUUGCAGCACCGAUCGUUUUUCUUUUCGUGGGAAACGCAAUCAUAAUCUUCAAACUGCAACUUCAACGCAAGAAAAUAAAGAAAAUGUGUACAUUUGUUGAAAAGAAUACAUCAAGCGGACAGGGACAUGCCUAUGUGCUAGUGGUGGCGCUCUCCUACAUGUAUGUGGUGACCAUUACUCCUGUCUCUGUGUACCACGUGUACUUUGUUCAUCGGCUAAAGCAGAUCCGGCGUAAGUUCAGACAGGAUCCUCGAGGGGCCUUGGAGGAAUUCGAGUUCGCACUUCUGCUGCAGACGAUAUUCUACAUAUGGAGCUACUUGAACGUCACGUUUAACUUUGCCUUGUACGUCAUCAGCUGUUCGAGAUUCAGAAACGAUCUGCUUGAAAUGCUCCAAUGGAAGAAGACCAGCAAAGCGCCCGAGAGCCACGAUCCGGAUGUCGCAACUGUUGGAAAGUCAUCGGACAAUGGUAGUGUCAUGCAAUCAAACUACUCGUUAGAGUCGAGAACAACUAUCGAGAAGAAUCACACCGUCACAGAGGAAGACGAGUACCGUCAUCCCUCUAGCCGGACGUCCUCUGCCGCUAACUUCGCUGACUCCCAGAAGUUGGAAGGAUCGCCAAGCGGAAUUGUAAUUGUGCGUGAUGUGGAUAGUGGAUUAACUACAUCGCCGGAAAAAGGUCGAGAGCAGUGGGCAGCGGAGGUGGCAGCAUAG